AUGGCUGAAACAACCAAAAUGCGCAUAGUUUAUGAUGCUUCAGCAAGAGCAACGCCAGAGUCACCGUCGCUGAACGAGUGCCUUUAUCCUGGCCCUCCAUUACAAAACAAGCUUUGGGACAUACUAGUGAGACAGAGAGCAUACCCCAUAGCUGUAACCGCAGACAUCCAGAAGGCCUUCUUACAAAUACGCAUCCGGGAGUGUGAACGUGAUGCAUUAAGAUUUCAUUGGAGGAAAAGUGAACACGGAAAGCUAGAGACACUACGUUUCACACAUGCGCUGUUCGGUCUAGCCCCAUCACCCUUUCUGCUCAGUGCCGUAAUAGAAGCCCACUUGGAUGCAUGGGAAGAAUGGGAACCAGAGAUAGUCGCAGAGCUUCGACGCAGUUUAUAUGUUGAUGAUUUACUAACAGGUGGACGAAAUACAAGCCAGGCCCAGCAGCGCAAAGAUAAAGCCGUUCAAAUAUUCAGCGACGCAACGUUCCAACUCCACAAGUGGCAUUCCAACGUCAAACAGCUAGAGGAAGAUACAAACCUGACCGUCAGUCCUGAAGAACAGUCAUUUGCUAAACAACAACUAAAUGUGAAACCCAGUGAAUCAAAGAUGUUGGGACUCAAGUGGGACAAAGAGCAAGACACUUUGGCGGUAGUAAUACCCGAAGAAGAAACCCAGCCAACCAGGCGAGGCAUUCUGGGAAAGAUGGCCAAGAUUUAUGAUCCCUUAGGCCUGAUUGCACCGUUAACUCUCACCGCUAAGCAGAUUUAUCGCGAGUUGUGUGAGGCCAAAGUACAAUGGGAUACGAAGAUCAACGGAGAGCUCCUACACCGUUGGAAAAAAUGGGAGCAACAAUUACCUUGUGAACAGCAAGUACCACGAUCGAUAGCAAGUUAUCAAGAAGCAUUACAAGAAGUGGAACUACACUCUUUUGGGGACGCGUCAGAACGAGGAGUAGGAGCGGCAAUUUAUGCAGUUGUACGUCAACCAUCAGGCAACACUCAACGAUUAGUGGUCGCCAAGAGUCGACUUGCCAAACAGGGACUGACUAUUCCGCGCCUAGAGUUGAUUGCAGCGCACAUGGCUACCAAUCUAUUAGUAAACAUACGCAACGCCCUAGACAACGUUCCCUCCCCAAAGAUGUUCGGAUGGUUAGACAGCACCGUCGCACUUCAUUGGAUCAAGGGAAAUGGCCAGUAUAAACAGUUUGUCGCGAAUUGA